GAACACUGGUAUUAGGCGCGUCGUAGACUGAAAAUUGCUUUAGCUAUGGAUGCUUAAACAUUCUAUGUUUAACCGGCUAAAACAGCUGUUCUCGUGUCUGCAAGCCUACGGAUUUUUUUUCCAAUCAGUAUGGCAUGCAAAAACAAUCAUAAGCUGAAUCUCUAAUAAAAAUGAAGAAGAAGAACUCCGUUUUGCGCUGCGGGAUUAUAGGACAUGAGCAAGGUGAACAGAAAUUCGUCUCACAUAAUUUAGUUUCCAUUUCCCUGUUUCUUCAUCCAGGAAAGAAGCUGAUUCAUUUGCUGUGGGAGAAAGAAGCAUCAUAUAUCUCAUAUUGAGGUGGAAAUCAGACUUUCCACAAUGGCAACUGAACCUCCCUGUGACAAUCUGGAGACUGUCGUAGCAACCAACCAAUCAUACAGGGGCGAUUUCUCUUCCCAGCAGCAACUUACCGUGUACAACCACGACCUGAGUGGUCCACACUCCGCAGUUCUCUCCCCAGCCAACCGAGCAAGUGUCAACAGCAGCCAUGGACAAGACCAAUUUCAGAUUGCUGCAGGCGGUAGCCCUGAGCACCGCCGGAUCAGAUCAAAUGAUGCCCUUCACUACAUAAGACAGAUGCUGAUGGAAGAGGUCGACGAGAGGGUCGACAUAUGCCAAGGGGAGGCUGCUCUCCAGGCUGCUGAGAAGCCAUUCCGUGACAUUCUUGGGGAGCUAUACGCGCCGGCUACUAACUGUCCGUCAAUGCAUAGCAACAACAAACCAGACAACCCUGAUAAGAGUGGUACCAGCUGUUACAAGAGGCUCUGGAGCACAAGCUUCAGUAAUAACUGUUCCAGUUACAGCGUGUUACAGCCCUUGACAAACCUGUUGAUAAGUGUUGGACCGACUUCUAGAUCUGGUUUCCCUGCCUUCCAUUGUCAGAGAGAUGUCGAGGAGGCAACGAUGUUUGCUCCACGUAUUGGUAAGCUGGUGAUAUAUUUAGAGAAUGACAUACUUUCUAUUUCCAAACUGACUAUAAAGGAGACGGUCGGACAGAGGAGCGAAAACUGGGAUAUCUUGGAAGCAAGGAGCAAUAAACAUCUUGUCUUCACCACUUGUGCAAUAACUCGAAAUGAAAAUUUCGACCGAUUUCUGCUAUGCUAUGGUCGGAAGAGUUUUGAUCAAAUAACAAGACUGCGAGAAAGGAUGGCAGAGACAGGAAACAAGAACCCACUGAAAGGCCGGAGCAAAGGCCGUCAGAAGCUAAGGGCUAGGAUGCAACCGAGGAAACAGUUGGUUGAUCUCAGGACUCUCCUCAUCCAUUGCGCACAAGCUGUGGCAGAAGGCAGCUACUUGUUGGCCAGUGAACUGCUAUUAAAGAUAAGACAACACUCUUCAGCAGAUGGUGAUUGCACUCAGAGACUGGCAUUUUACUUGGCGGACGGCCUUGAGGCACGCUUGGCUGGGAGCGGGAAUCAGGUUUAUCGCACCCUCAUCGAGAGGCGAACAAGUCCCACGGAUUGGUUAGAGGCUUACAGCCUUUUUGUUGCAGCUUGCCCUUUUGUCAGGACGUCAUACUACUUUGCGAGCCAAGCUAUUCUUGAUGUCUCCAAAGGGCAACCAAGGGUGCACAUCAUUGAUUUUGGCAUCGGCUAUGGCUUUCAGUGGCCAUUAAUGAUUCAGAAGUUUGCACAGCAACAAGAGAGAGCCCCUACGCUUCGGAUCACAGGUAUAGACGUUGCUCAGCCAGGUUUUCGCCCCUGCGAAAUGAUCGAGGAGACAGGGAAGCGGUUGGCUGAUUAUGCAAACAUGUUUAGGGUACCUUUUCAGUAUCAGGGCAUUGCCGCUUCAAGAUGGGACAGCGUUAAAAUUGAGGAUCUUAACAUUGACGAGGAUGAAGUUCUCAUAAUCAACUGCAUAUUCCGGAUGAAGAAUCUUGGUCAUGAAACCGAUGGCAUAAAUAGUGCAAGGGACGAGGUGCUGAAAACUAUGAGGAGGAUGAACCCAAAGGUUUUCAUUUCUGGCACUGUGAACGUGUUACAUAGUUCUCCCUUCUUCAUACAACGAUUCAAAGAAGUUAUGCUCCAUUACUCUUCAGUGUUUGACAUGCUUGAUGCAAAUAUUCCACGGGAUAGUGAAGCAAGAAAGAUGCUUGAGAGGAUCCCAUUUGGGCGGGAUGCACUUAACAUAAUAGCAUGUGAGGAUGCAGAAAGGACUCAGAGGCCAGAAAGUUACAGGCAGUGGCAAGGAAGGUUCCUCAAGGCUGGGUUCCAGCAGCUUCCCGUGGAUCAGGCCAUCUUAAAGAACAUAGUACACAUGAAGAACUUACAUUAUCAUGAAGAAUUCUUUGCUGUUGAAGAUUGCGGCUGGCUGCUACAAGGAUGGAAAGGGAGAGUGAUGUAUGCUAUAUCUAAAUGGAAACCUGAUGAAACAUAUGAUGAUCAGUAAGAUUCAAACAGUUUUUCAAGUGCACAAACAUAUCGGCAACUUAGCGCCUCUGUCGCUACUUGCAUGAUUCUCAACGCAACGCUACUUUAUGCUAGUAUAUCUUGGAACAAGAUGGGAUGGUGAUUUGAGUGUUGAUAUUCAACAUGCUUUGAUUUGGUCCAACUGCGCAACUACGCGACCAUAUAUGCAGCAAAAGGCAACUGUGCAACACUUUGCUUCUGUCGCUCCAUUUAAUUUCUGAACAAAGGGUUCCGUAAGUGAAUCUGGCGUUCUUUUAGCUAUGUGUACUUGGUUAUUGUAUUGGGCCUACAAGACAUGCGAUUAGUGGAAAUACCAUACCUGGGCACUGGAUUCGCUGUAAAUUACAGUAGAAUAUUGCACUGCCCAUCCCUCAAAACUGGCGAUAUGGAAGAUCAGAGGAUUCUCAUUUCUUAUUUGAAGCAAUUGUACUUAAUAUAAACAAGGUUCCUAUGCACGAAUCCAAACUCUCUCCAUAUCACAAAAAAGUGGAGUUUUGGACAUGCCUCGAGUCAAACUUUUAAAAUUUUAACUACGAACAUCAUUUUAACCAUCCAGAUUAGAAGUUUGAAAAUCAUAUGUACGUAUUUUUCUCAGAAAAGACGUGAGAUCCUGGUUCCCGAGGGGACUACCAAAUCACUAGGGCCACAGAGAUACGGGGAAUCGGAGAGGG